CUCAGGCCGAUAGGCGCAUCGAAGCUGUCGAGCAGCAUCUCAUCGCUGCUGUGAUCGGUCAGAGUUCUGAGGCCCAACAUGUUGAAACCGGCCCAGUUCUGGAUGUGGCGCUGAUCGGUGUCGCCGUACCCGUAGGUGGGGUGAAAGAUAAGGGGAAGAAGCCGAAGAGGCAACGUGUUGAGCCUUCCGGCUCCAAGGCCCCUAGCGCCGUGCUGCCUACUCCAAGUCGCCCGGUUCCUGGAGGGAUAUGGCCCUUUAGGCUGGGGCGGAAUUACCAGCCCGCUCCUCAGGCGAGGCUGUUAAUCAUGCCCUGCUGCUGACCUUUGAGGCUGGGUUGAACCUGUUGCAGGCGGAGGCCGCUCGGGAGCAAGAUGCUGUCGAGGCCAAAAGGAGCGCUG